AUGCAGCCAAUUACAGCCCAUUAUCCGACCCGACAGACUGGUUCAGCUUUCACACGCCAAGCACCGCCAAGCACCGCCAAGCCGACGAGCCGCAGACGUCACACCGAGCCAAAAAAGCGGUUUUCGGUUACGAACCAACCACAGCAAAUCCGCCUCCCCUCAAAUACCGGGCCACUACAACCCAGUACAAUCCAAUACACGCCAAUACAGACCAGGUUGUCGACCACCGACCGCGCAUUCGAUCAUUCGAGCAUUCGAUAUUGGCCAGUUGGAGGCGGCGGGUCGGGGUUGGUUUCUGCGUUUUUAACGCCUCUUCGCCGCCUGCGCCAAUCAGACCCUGCCGGGGGGGGGGAGGGGGGGGGGAAGCGAGAUGUCGCCAGUGGCCCUUCAUUCGCCAGGUGCUCCUCUGCAACCCCAGGACGUGGACUUCUUCGUCAAGACCUCAUCUGGAGCAACUUGGAGAGCAAGGGCGACGGCCGAAGGCGAAUCUUUCCCCGCGACCUGUGGGGAAUCGAGUCAUUCAGCAGAUUUGGGUCCUCGUAUUCAAUUCUCGAGGAGGGCAAAAAAGAUACUCAAUUUAUUUAUCCAUCAAACCUGCGCUUCGAGCCAGUACCUUUCUCUUGA